AUGAAGGUCAAGGACCAGAGAGCUUUAGACAAAGAGACACUUUCAACGAUGAUAGUGCAUGGAUCGAAAGAUUCCAUAAGCAAUGUUAUUAACUGUAAGGACUACAGUAGCCUGGGUCGUUUGCUAAGAGUAACGGCUGUUGUCUUGAAGUUCAUCAAGCUACUAAAAUCGAGAGUUAAACAGGAAGAUCCUCCAACAAACUCGGAAGUUACAAGCACCGACAUCGAAUUAGCUCGAGUUCUAUGGAUCAAGGAACUGCAGGAAGAAAUGAAGUUGAACGAGAAUUUCAAAUCCUGGAACCGAGACCUCGGCCUGUUCACUGAUGAAAAUGGAACCGUACGAUGUAAGGGACGACUAUCUAACUCGAGCUUGCCAUAUUCAGCAAAGUAUCCAAUCCUGUUAGAUACGGCUCAUUACCUUACCACGCUAAUCGUACGGGAUUGUCACGAGCGGGUAAUGCAUGGGGGAAUAAAGGCAACAUUGACAGAACUUCGAUCGAAAUUCUGGUUAGUCCGUGGAAGGAACUUUGUAAGAAAGCUCCUCUUCAAUUGUGUCACCUGCAAGAAGCAAGAUGGUCGAGCAUACAAGGCACUUAACUCUCCGCCAUUGCCGGAGUUUAGAGUAAAGGAAGCACCACCGUUUACGUACGUUGGCUUAGACUACGUCGGUCCUUUAUAUGUGAAAUCUACGAACGAUUUAGACGAGAAAGCAUGGAUUUGUUUGAUUACCGACCCAUUACCUGCUGUGUUUCUAGAGUGGUACACCUUGAAGUUGUUCCCAACAUGACAUCACAAGCCUUCCUGAGGAGUUUUAGGAGAUUUACGUCACGACGUUCGACGCCAUUGCUUGUCGUUUCGGACAACGCGAAAACCUUUAAGGCUGCGUCCAAAGAGUUAAUGACACUCAUGCGUGAUCCUCAAGUGAAGAAAUAUUUCUUGCAGCAAUGAAUGCAGUGGUCGUUUAAUCUGGAGAAAGCCCCGUGGUGGGGAGGUUUCUUUGAACGGCUUGUGGGAUCAUUGAAACGAUGUUUGAAGAAAACCAUCGGAAAUGCAAGAUUGUCUUAUGACGAGCUAGUUACAGCUGUCACGGAAGCAGAAUCGAUCCUGAACAGUCGACCCUUAUCCUAUGUAUCCUCCGAGGACGUCGAGGAACCCCUCACCCCAGCCCAUCUUCUGAGCGGAAGAUGGAUCCUGAGUUUACCUGAUCGUCAUCGAGAGAACCCUGAAGAUGAAGAUUUUCAAGUCGACCUAUCGACGAAUGACCUCAACAAACGAGUUCGCUAUCUAAAUGACAUUAUUCAACACUUUUGGCGAAGAUGGCGGAACGAGUAUUUGGUAGAGCUGAGAAAUGCACGUUAGAUUCCUAAGCAAACAGUAGAGAAAUCUUCUGUGGAAGUUGGAGAUAUAGUACUAGUUCACGACGAGAACCAUCCGCGUAGUUUCUGGAGAAUUGGAAGAAUAAAGGAACUUGUCAAUAGCACGGCUGAUGGGAAAUCGAGAGGUGCAGUUGUACAAGUCAUGAGCAAGAAAGGGAAUGUUACUACAUUAAGGCGUCCAUUACAGCUGUUAUAUCCUAUGGAGAUUAACUGUAAACUUGCGAAAGAAGAAGUACAAUUGGAACAACAAGAGGAUGGUGCUCAGGAGUCAACUGAAUCCGAAAGACCAAGAAGAAGAGCGGCGAUCGAAGGUGAACUGUUGAUAAGACAUUGGAUUAAGGACAUGAACCAG